AUGGAUCAGCUCGAUCAGAUUAAUCCAAAUGAAGGUGACUUUGCCUCGGAGGCUUUCUUCAAUCAAGGAUCUCUGCAGCAGAUCCAGCAGCCUAAUGGUACCUCUGGCCUGGAAGCUGUCGGAAAUGUUACUUUGCCCACCAACCCCGCAGUCAUUCAACAGCUCACCCGACAAUGGAAUUCUGGCUGUUCAGACCGAGUCGCCUGGUCAAGGCAUGGACAUAUUGCCAGUAUCUCCAAUGACGGCACGUCAGUCUACCUGGAGUGCCUCUUUUUCAAUCGUUCCUCUGGCGCAUGGGACUUAACCGGCAGACAUACCCUCACCACCAUUUUUGAGGAUGCUGUCAGUCUGGCAUGGAGUUCCACGGGAGGAGAACUCAUUGUUGUCGACACAAAGGGAAGGACAUGGGUCUUUCAUAAUUCUCCUGUCUCGAUAAACCGCCUGAUCUUAGUUAGGCAGGGAAGACUUGAUGCUGUGGACGAGUAUUCUCAACUCAUUGGGAUGGCCUGGCUGAAUCAAGACCGUCAGGACCGGCCCAGGAACGUUGUCCUCCAUGCUGCUAAGAACGAUUCUCGAUGGGUCCACAGCAACGCCAGGGCAAAACCACUCGGUCCUUAUUGGCACCGUGCUGUGGCCAUGGUACACCGCAAUGGCAGACUCACGAUAUGCUACCAGAGAGGUGAUAUGCAGUACGUAAAGGUCACAAGGCAGCUGGGGCAGUCAGAUGACACUCUCUACACACAUGCUGCCUUCGCGCCGACUGUUGAAGGGAAGAUGCUGGUCACAUUACAUGCGUGCAUGGGUGUCAUCUCAGUCUACCUUGUCCAGUUCGACUGGUCUGAAGUCAAGAGUAACCCCGAAGGCCAGGCAGCUCUGACGAUCGAAGCCGUCUCUACUUGUGUCUCAUCUUUGCCGACAUCAUCUGCUGCGCUCGGUGGAGACGCCUAUGAUCCUGACUCAUGGCAACUGAGCCAUCUAGAAGUGGUACAGACUUCUGAUGUGGAAAAAGCAGUCCAGCUAUCACCAGUUAUUCUCGCUGUAUCGACUGGCGUCAACAAUUCAAUCAGUAUCGCGGAUCCUGGCUAUCUUGUCUCCAGUGUGAUCAAGAAAUGGGCUGUGACACCUGUUGAACAGAAACUACAGUCAAGAUUUGACGACCUACCUUCCAAGGGGGCAAACACAUCAGAGACGUCCUCGAUAUUCACAUUGGAACGUCAACCAGACAAAGAGGAACAAGUGAUUACUACCUUACGGCGUAUCGAUGGACUCCACGCAGUCAUAAUUACAACACAAGAGAACCGCACCGACUUUCUCAGCUCAGACGACCUAUCGUCAGUAUCCUACUCUGCAUCCCUUACGGAGACAACUUCUAUGGCUCAAUCAGGGUUCGCAUAUCCAUUCACUUCAACCAUCCACUGUCCCGGAUUUUCUCCCAAUGCCUGCGUCCGAGCGGACGUGUCGCCCGAGGGCAAGACCCAAAUAGUCGGCAUGGAAUAUCAGUUCCAACAAGUCCAACUUCCACAAGAGCCCGACCCUAGCACGGAAGUCGCCCUGGCAUCCCUGAAUCUGUCAUUUGCUCGAGCAUGCUGGUCGAAUUCUACUAUCGACGACAUCCUGUUCUGCGCUCUACGCACCGUGCCACCCGAAUUAAUCCCUACGCUUGUUUCAGGAAUGUACCGGACGCUGUUCCGAGAUACAGAGUACAUCCACGAGAAAACGCAAGGCUCCGAACUGGAGCGAGUAUUCCACAAGCAGGUCAUGGGCAAAGUCAUGGCAUACCACGCCGGGCUGACAGCACACUGCCAGGGCCUCAUCACGCCGGCGACCACGGGUUCAGGCAGAUGUUGGCCGCUGACGGCGCAGUGGGCAUGGCUCGCGAACAACAUCCGCCACACGGCCACGAUCCUUUACAUGAGCCUCAGGGACUUCCAGAACCUCAACACCAUCCUGAGCCCCGAGUUCACAGAUAUGCUAUGCGCACAGAUCAAAUGGGGCCUGGGCGUCGUGCGCUUCAUCCUCAACACGAUCCUCGAAGUCGGCGACUGCGAAUCAAACCCGGAAAUCUUCAUGGACGAAGUAGGAGGCACAAAGCCCAACAACGGCGCCCCAGCCGCAGGCAGUGGCGGCAUCGGCCGACUCGGCGACACAGCCGGCGACGGCAGCCAGGGACUCGUCGCGCUGCUGCUCAAUUGCCACUGGUCGCGCAUCUUCCUGAUCGCAUUCGUGCGGGCGGUGCGCGCCUACGCGAAAGUCAACGAGCCCAAGUUCCGCCACCAGCUGCAACUCCUGCAAUGCAUCCAGCAGCAAACCAACGGGAAGGGCAUCUCAUUCCAGGCCAUCGAAGCAAUCCUGGAAUACCGGUGGGCCGCGGUCGGCGACGUCGAGGGAAAUACGGCCGCCACCGCCACGAAGCAGCUGCAGAUGAUGGCUACGGGAAAUGUGUCGGAGGGGUAUCAGGGCACCGUGAAGGCGCUGCUCUCGAAACUGAUUAACAGUAGUGCUGGGCUGCGCGCGAAGAUGCUGAUUGAUCGGUAUCGUCUGUUUACGGACCCGGUUGGGUUGGAUUAUGUAUUCCUGAAUAACGAGGUUAUCGGGUGUGGUGGAGACGCCGAUGCGGUGAGGUUUGAUAUUCACCGCAAGAGGCCGAUCCUUAAGGGGAACAUAGAGGAUGGGGGCACAGGGACGGGCGCGGGUGGUGGUGGCACUGGCUUGAUGGUUAGGAAAUGCGGGCGCUGUGGGAGCUAUAGUGAGGAUGUCAAUGUCCCGGGCAGAGAAUGGCCGCGGCAGAUUGCGUCUAUGAUGGCCAGGUGUGUCUGUGAUGGCGCUUGGAUACUUGAACCUUGGGAGGCGAAAGUUUGA